GUGUUCAUUCCAUUGAAAAAAAUAAAAUACAGAAAGAGGGAACGCCAUAACGUUCAACGGUAACUCCAAAACUUUUUCACAACGACAGCAUUCAGAAUGAUUUUAACCGGAGCAACGAAGAACGAUCGACUCUGAAGACGAGGUGAUUAGCCCAGUGAAUUUAUUGAAGAAUAACAAACGCCUCGAAGAUGAGUACGGAAAAUGGAGGCGGCGAUGCCCCGAAGAAGAAGACGAUCGAGGGAAUUUACCAGAAGAAAUCACAGCUGGAGCACAUUCUCCUUCGUCCUGACACGUACAUCGGUUCCGUGGAGUUUGUCCAGGAGCAGAUGUGGGUCUACGACAAGGAGAAGCAGAUGAUGAUCCAGCGUGAGAUAAAAUAUGUGCCAGGUCUCUACAAGAUCUUCGACGAGAUCCUGGUGAAUGCUGCUGACAACAAGCAGCGAGAUCCCAAGAUGGACACUAUAAAAAUAGAUAUUGACGCCGAUAACAACACAAUAUCAGUCUGGAACAAUGGAAAAGGAAUACCAGUGGCAGUUCACAAGGAGGAGAACAUGUACGUGCCCACAAUGAUCUUCGGACAUCUCCUGACAUCAUCGAAUUACGACGACGAGGAGGAAAAAGUCACUGGUGGUCGUAACGGUUACGGUGCUAAGCUCUGUAAUAUAUUUUCCCAUCGUUUCACCGUUGAGACAGCAUCGAAAGAGUACAAGAAGUCCUUGAAGCAGACGUGGGGUAAUAACAUGGGAAAAGCCUCAGAGCCACGAAUAAAAGAAUUCUCCGGUGAUGAUUUUACGAAAGUCACAUUCUCCCCGGACUUGAAGAAAUUUAAAAUGGAAAAAUUGGACGAUGAUAUUGUCUCCUUGAUGUCGAGGAGAGCUUAUGACGUAGCAGCAUCAGCUCGAGGGGUCAAAGUAUUCCUCAAUGGACAGAGAAUUCCUGUUAAGGCCUUCAAGGACUACGUCGAUCUCUACAUCAAGGGAAAGGAGGAUGACAAUGCUAGUCCACUGAAGAUAGCCUAUGAGUCCUGUGGGCCUCGAUGGGAAAUCGCUGUCACUCUCUCUGACAGGGGAUUUCAACAGAUGUCAUUUGUCAAUUCAAUUGCCACGACCAAAGGAGGUAGACAUGUUGAUCACGUGACGGAUUUGAUCGUUAAAAAUCUACUGGAGACAUUGAAGAAGAGGAAUAAGGGAGGCGUUCCUAUCAAGCCUUUUCAGAUAAAGAAUCAUCUCUGGAUAUUUAUCAAUUGUUUGAUCAACAAUCCCACGUUUGACUCUCAGACUAAAGAGAAUAUGACACUUCAGGCCAAAUCAUUCGGACAAAAGUGCACGAUAAGUGAAAAAUUUGUGACGACAGUUACAAAAAUUGGAAUAGUCGAGUCUGUUUUGUCCUGGGCAAAGUUCAAGGCUGACUCGCAGCUGCAGAAAUUGGGGCCCAAGUCCAAGCAGAGAAAAUUAUCAGGAAUUCCAAAGCUCGAGGAUGCUAAUGAUGCUGGUACAGCAAAAUCCAUAACUUGUACAUUAAUUCUGACUGAGGGAGACUCAGCCAAGUCCAUGGCAGUGUCUGGAAUAGGUGCACUUGGUCGUGAUAAAUAUGGAAUAUUUCCACUAAAGGGUAAAAUUCUGAAUGUACGAGAGGCAACGCACAAGCAAAUCCUUGAGAACGCUGAGAUUAAUAAUUUGAUCAAGAUCCUAGGGCUCCAGUACAAGAAGAAAUACGAAACUGACGAUGACAUGAAGACCCUGAGGUAUGGAAAAGUGAUGAUCAUGACUGAUCAGGAUCAGGAUGGCUCUCACAUCAAGGGACUCCUGAUUAAUUUUAUUCACCACAACUGGCCUACGCUUCUCCGACGAAAUUUCGUUGAGGAAUUCAUAACACCGAUCGUCAAAGUGUGGAAAGGAAAUCACAAAUUGUCAUUCUACUCGUUACCCGAGUUCGAGGAGUGGAAAAAGGAGACGGAGAAUUUUCACACGUACAAUGUCAAGUACUACAAAGGUUUGGGUACAUCUUCGGCUAAAGAGGCUAAGGAAUAUUUCGCAGAUAUGGCAAGACACAGGAUCAGAUUCAGAUACGAUGGUGAGCAGGACGAUCAGAACAUCAUAAUGGCAUUCAGCAAGAAGUGCGUGGAUCAGAGAAAGGAUUGGUUGACGAAUCACAUGGACGAGACCAAGAGGAGAAAGGAGGUGGGACUUGGAGAGAGAUUCCUCUAUCAGAAAGACACUAAAGCUGUAUCAUACUCAGAUUUUAUUAACGUGGAGCUAGUGUUGUUCAGUAAUUACGAUAAUGUCAGGUCAAUUCCCAGCAUGAUUGAUGGAUUUAAGCCUGGACAGAGAAAAGUUAUAUUCACAUGCUUCAAGAGGAAUGACAAAAAGGAAGUGAAGGUCGCCCAAUUGGCUGGUUCUGUCGCUGAACAUUCAGCCUAUCAUCACGGUGAGGCAUCACUCAUGGCUACCAUUAUUAAUUUAGCCCAGAAUUUCGUUGGCAGCAAUAAUAUAAAUCUUCUGAUGCCCAAUGGUCAGUUCGGUACGAGAGCCCAGGGUGGAAAGGACUCGGCAAGUCCCAGAUAUAUAUUCACUAAACUCAGUCCACUGGCGAGAUUUAUAUUUCACAAACACGAUGAUGCACUCCUGAAGCACGAGUACGAUGACAAUCAGAAAAUUGAACCUGUUUACUACAUUCCUAUUAUACCAAUGGUACUGGUCAAUGGAGCUGAUGGCAUUGGCACUGGAUGGAUGACUAAAAUUCCUAAUUACAGUCCCAGGGAGAUCAUUGAUAAUCUGUACAGAAUGAUUGAGGGGGGCGAGCCCAAGCCUAUGACUCCGUUUUAUAAAAAUUUUGUAGGGAGUAUUGAGAAGUGUGGAGAGUACAGAUAUGUUAUCUCUGGUGAGAUAUCGAUUAUUGGACCUGAUAAAGUGGAAAUAACAGAGCUUCCUGUUGGCUGCUGGACCCAGACAUACAAAGAGACUGUUCUCGAGCCCAUGCUCAAUGGAUCAGAGAAAACUCCAGCUCUCAUCACUGAUUUUAAAGAGUAUCAUACUGACACUGAUGUAAAAUUUAUUGUCACACUGUCGCGUGAUAAACUCCAGGAACUCGAGAGAGAGGGUCUCCACAAGGCCUUCAAGAUACAGACUACAACGUCAAUUACCUCAAUGUGCGCCUUCGAUGAGGCUCAGUGUCUCCAGAAGUACGAUUCUGUUUUGCAAAUAAUGAGAGGAUUUUAUAAAGUUCGAUUGGACACCUAUCACAGGAGGAAAGAUUAUCUGGAGGGAAUUCUCAAGGCUGAGGCGUCGAAACUCAGUAAUCAGGCUAGGUUUAUCAUCGAGAAGUGCGAUGGUGAUCUUGUUAUUGAGAAUAAGAAGAAGAAGGAUAUGAUUGCUGAGCUUGUCAGAAGAAAUUAUGACUCAGAUCCAGUUGUUGCCUGGAAAUUGGCCCAGAAUAGAGAAGAAGUUUUGGAAGAGGUAGCAGACGGUGAAAAUGGUGAUGAGCCAGCAUCAGCAUCUGCAAUAGAGAAAGAGAAUUUUGACUAUCUCCUGGGAAUGACAAUGUGGUCCCUCACGAAAGAACGGAAGGACGAAUUAUUGAAACAACGAGACACGAAAAUUGGUGAACUGCAGCGUCUGCAGGCGAAAACGCCGAUGGGUCUCUGGAAAGAGGAUUUGGAUGCUCUACUGGCAGAACUGAAUAGAGUCGAGGAAAAAGAGCGUAAAGACGAGGAGAAGCCAAAGGCAGGAGCGAAGAAAACCGCUGCCAAGCCACUGUACAAAGUGGAGAACUCACGCCGUAUACUUCCAUUAAUCGACAGCGACCUGAAGAAGAGAAUCGAGAAAGCAGAUAUCGUAUCAAAGGACAAGAAAGACGGUGUGAAGAAGGCGCCACGCGUGAAGAAAGAGAAAAUUGAGAUAAAAGAGGAGAAAGAUGAGUUCGAUAUGCUAGUGGAGUCGAAUGCAAAAUCUCUAGAGGACAGACUGGGUACAUCACCAGAUAAAAUUGAUAAGAAGAAGAAAAAAGGUGGUGGUAAGCAGACAACUCUGCCCUUCAAGCCCAUUGAGAAGAAGAAGAAGAAAAAAUCGAGAGGCAGUGAUGAGAGUGAUGAGAGUGAUCCAGACAUUGAUUUUGAUACUCUAUCACCACCACCAGCACCUAGAACACCGAGAAGAGCUGCUGCUGCUAAGAAAAAAUAUAAUUUGGACAGUGAGGACGAGAAGAGCAGUGAUGUUGAUCUUCUGAGUGAUGAUGAAGAGAAGAAACCAGUGUCUGCACCAUCAUCUGCUCCAUCAGCUCAGUCAGCAUCUGGAAGAGGUCAUGACAGUGACUCUGAGGAUGAUUUUAAAAUUGAUAAGAAGAAUCAGCCGCCUAAACCUAGCUCUGAGGAGCUUUUUGAUUCACUCGUUGGAAAUACACCAGUGAAAUCAAGUGGCGAUAGAGUUGCAAGCUCUAGUGAUGAUUCACCGAUUGUCAAGCAUAUCGCUAAGAAAAAAACGUCUGGGGGUAAGAAGAAGGAGAAUGGUGGGCCUAAGGGGGUGAAGAGAACUGUCAAGAGGAUGAAUUCAUCUGAUGAGGAUGAGGAUGAUAUUUAUGAGGCCAGGGGGAAGAAGAAGGUGAAGAAGAGCGAGAGCUUUGAUGAUAGUAUUGUCGAGGAUUCACCACCGCCUAGGAAACCUGGGGGUAGAGCCAGAAAAGCUGUUUCCUAUGCCAUGGAUUCUGAUGAUUCAGAUUGAGGGAAUCAGGAUAGAUAGAUUGAUUGCAAUCCAAUUGAAAAUGAGGGGUCACUUUAAUUUGUUUAUAUCUCGGGAAAAAGGGCCCCAA